GCUGUCAAAGCACACAAAACAAACAGCGAAUCCAAUUUAUUAUUUUGUUGAUAUUUAUCUAGCCAAUAUUGUUAUAGAAUAGACUAUUUUUAGACCAACAAACACACUUACGCCCUGCUAUUAUGCCCUUUUAGUAUAUCGCGUUGGAAUUUGUUAUAAAUUUGAGUUUUGGUGCUAUCCAAUCGGUAUACGAUGUUCAAUCCAGACAUAAAUGACUACCAGCUGACUUCCAUCAUAACCGAGUGCAGUGGAGGAGUGGCAGUGGUGUACUCUGCCCUGUACAAGCCCAGCAACCAAAAUGUGGCCCUCAAGAGGUACUUCGUUGAUAAAACAAAGGAGAACGCAGCUUUGAUACAGCAAGACAUAUUGACAAGAAAAGAACUUCAGCAUCAGAACAUACUGCCGUACUUGACAUCCUUUGUGCACGGCCGUGAGCUCUACGUCGUGUCUCCUCUCAUGACAUUCGGGUCCUGCCGAGACAUACUUGACCGGUACUUCCCCGAAGGCUUGCCGGAGCUGGCUUGUGCUCUAAUCCUGAGAGAUGUGCUUCAGGCACUGCAGUACUUGCAUAAACAACUCUAUAUUCACAGGAGCGUGCGCGCCAGCCACGUGCUAAUCGGCGCUGAUGGUUGCGCGCGGCUGUCAGGGCUGCGCAGCGCCGCCAGCCUGAUGGCGCGCGGCCGCCGCACGCGCCGCCUGCACCAGCUGCCGCCGCCGGAUCAUGCCAAUGCUAACCUUAUGUGGCUCAGCCCUGAGCUGUUAGAACAGAACCUGAAAGGCUACGAUGAGCGCUCAGACAUCUACUCGGUGGGCGUGGUGUGUUGCGAGCUGGGCAACGGAGCGGUGCCGUUUGCGGAGGUGCCUACCACUCUGAUGUUCACGGAGAAAGUGCGCGGCAGCCGUCCGCAGCUGUUGGACUGUUCCACCUUCCCGGAGCCGUGUCUGGAUGACGCCGAGAUGAAGAGCAUGUACAACACGGACAGCGGCGUGGGCGACAGCGCGGACGGCGUGUCGCGGCUGCGGCAGGCCUACGCCGCUCGCAAACUCAGCGAUUCAUUCCACCACCUCAGCGAGCUGGCGCUGCAGAGGGACCCUGAGAAACGGCCGUCAGCGACACAGCUACUGGCACACGCGUUCUUCCGGCAGAUCCGCCGCAGCGACUACCUGCCCGGCCUGCUGGGCCGCGUCAAGCCCAUCAAGCCCGACCCCAACGACAUAUCAGCGCUGCUCCUUCAACAGAAGAUGUCUGAAAUGGAGAUUGAGAAGACGACCGAAUGGGACUUCUGAUGGAGAACUACACCAGAGGUAUGUCUCGAUGUUUACAGUGUUCCUUUGUUCUUGUAACCUUGUCGUAACUGCAAAGUUACAUAAGGGAGAUUUUAAGGCCUCUCGGGGCUGUGUUCUACCUCAAAACAAUUAAAUAAUUAUAAAUGUACCAAUGUGCCUCUAAUAAAUUGUCAAUGUAUAAUAAAGAUGAACUACAC